UACCCCCUGCCCGGCCCCAGGAGGGAAGAGGGUCAUAAGCAGCCGGUGGUGGCACCGCCGCUGGAGUGCCACGGGGGAAGGGCCCUUCCCAGACGUGUCAGAGGGCAGAGACUGGCAUGGUGGUGUCUGCCCCCUGGCAGGAGGUGGGCGCCAUGGAGGGUGAACCCUCGGUGCCCGGGCCGUGGCAGAAGGGGGCUCCGGACCCGAGCUGCACCUUCGACCGGGACCAGCUGGGCCAGGGACUGGAGGACGCCCGGUGCCCCUGGGCCGACACCGCCUCUCUGCCCUGGAAGCUGACCUCCCGGCCCGGCCACGGAGACCAGGUCUCCUCGCCCUGCCGAGAGGCCCUGGUGAACACCUGUACCCUGUGCCAAGCCGUGGAGCUGGUGCCCAAGGCCUCCAGACUGUCGACUUGCCCCCGGGGCCUGGACUUCGUCUUCUACUCCCUAAGGCCUUGCCCCCCGGGUGUCGCCCGGCCCCGGUGCCACGGGGACCGCCCCCAAGGUGCCCGUGCCCUCGCCUGUGGGGCCCUGGUCUCCGGGGAGCUGGAGGAGAUGCUCAAACAUGAAUCCUGGAAGCCCAAAUCCCUCCCCGACCCCACCGACCGCGGCCUUCCGGUCCAGCGCUCCGGGAGUGUGGAGAGACACAGCGGUGCCCGUGCCGGUUCCAGGGGAGCCGGGGAAGGGGCGGCGACGGAGGGCCCUGGGGGGCAGCCCCCUGGGGAAUCCUCGAUCCUCCUGCCUUUUCUGAAGCCAAGGGCCCCGAGCUCGGGGUCCCACCCAUCCCUGCACCUCCACCUUCACACCCUGCAUCCCUCGUGCCCCUUCUACACGGCCGCAAGCCCCCUGCCACUCCUCUACGCCCUCCCUGCCUCCAGCCGCCCCUGCCUCUUCCUGCCCCCUCCCGCGCCCCCCCCCUCUCUGGUGGGCGGGACCGCGUACAGGCCCACGGGGACCCCGGCAGAGGGCCCAGCUCUGGACCCCGGGCUUUUUCUAUCAGUCCCCUGCCCGUUGUCCCCCAGGUCCCGGCCGGACGCCGAGGGGGCCCGGCCAGCUGUGGCCCGGUCCCGCUCGCCACCCUUGGGUACCUUGGGUCCGAGGGUUCCUAGGUCCCGAGUAGGCCGCGUCCCCCGGCCCGGCCUGCCGGGACUUCGCCGGGGCACCUCGCCCCUCCCUUACCCGCUCAAGAAGCAGAACGGCAAAAUCCUGUAUGACUGUAACGUGUGCGACAAGACCUUCAGCCAACUCUCCAACCUCAAGGUCCACCUGCGAGUGCACAGCGGGGAGCGCCCGUUUCAGUGCCAACUGUGUGCCAAGAGUUUCACGCAGCUGGCCCACCUCCAGAAACAUCAACUAGUCCACUCAGGACAGAGGCCCCACGAGUGUCCGGUGUGCCGCCAACGCUUCGGCACCGCCAGUAACCUCAAGACCCACCUGCGCCUCCACUCCGGGGAGAGGCCCUUCGGGUGCCACCUCUGCCCCUCCCGCUUCGCCCAGCUCAUCCACCUCAAGCUGCACCACCGGCUGCACGUGGCCCAGCGCCUCCCCCGCUGCUGUGCCCGGCCCCGGGCCUCCGGCGGCGGUCGCGCCCGGACCUCCGGCCCACUGGUCCCUCAGGUGCCGCGGGAGCCGGAGGCCAAGUUGCCCAUUCCGGACGGGGCUUCCAGCCCAGCCUGGCCCUGUGGAUCCCGGGGGCAGCAGGGCUGAUGGGCAGGGCCGUGUACGCUAUUAAAAACCCGCUGGUGGCCACCAA